AUGGCCUGGGACACCAUCCACGCCGCCCGCAACUGGAUGCUCAACAGUAUCCCUAUCCUCACCAGUUGCCUCGAAGGCGUAAAUCAAGGCCUUGUAACAUACAUCCUCUUCACUGCGACCGCGAACCGCAUCGAGCUCCGACGCUUCAACAUGAUAGACAGUCUCUUCCAAGAACUGCCUGAUCUAGCAACCAUCGACCCUCACGCCGCCUCCAUCUCCACCUCCAACAACACCAACAACACCACCAUACCCACCACCGCCGCCAUCAACAAAUGGCUGCGCUACUCCCGUAUCAUGCGCUAUUGCUGCGUUGCGCAAAUCGUGUUACAAACAUUCAUCUUCGUCUCGAGCUACAUGAGUAAGGGUCUGACGUGGCUCAAUGUGUCGCAGGCUGCGUGCUUCAGUGCGAGCUGUGGAUGUUUGUGGUAUAGCUCGGUGAAGGACGAGAAGAAGAUGCUGGGCUUGUUGGAGAAUGGGGGGAUGGGGGACGUGAAGGAUGUGGAGAAGGGGGUAUUGGCUUGGGAGGAGGAAGGGAGGGAUGGGGAGAUGGGGAAGGGAGAUGAGAAGGUGGGGUUGUUAGAGACGGAGAAGGUCGAGGUGGAGGGACAUAAGGAAUGGGUGGAUAAGAAGGAGAAGCAGAACAUGGAAGUCAAGGUACAGGAGGUCAGGGAGAGAUCUGAGAAGUAA